CAGCUCAUUUUCCGAAUUAUUUAAAUUUUAAAUUUUAUUGUUGGUGGAAAGAAACAUCGAUGACUUAGAAAAUUCGAAAAACAUCGAUGCAUCGAUGUUUUCAUCGAUGUUUUACUUACCUCCGCAGUCGCGUCGUGGGAGUGUGUUUGUGCGUGUGUUUGUGCCUGGCCGUUCAAUUUGUGUGAACUUGGAGCCUGGCCGAUAGAGCGAUUCCGUCGAGUGGAACCGAACAGAGAAAAAGAGAAUCGCACACAAACAUUCAGAGGCAGCGAUGUCCACCGCCGUUGAAACGGGGUCGUCGCCUGCCAAGAGCAACAACAACAACAAUAAUAGCGGCAGCAACAGCAGCGGCAAUGGCAAUCCCAGUCCAAAUGCAAAAGGCGUGCAACGGCGUCAACUGCGAGAGCGGAAGCAACGCAAGCUUUACCUAGAUGAAUGGUCGCUGGGUGAUGAUGACGGCGAAGGAACGCGGGGCUUUAGCGUCGCCGAGAAGCUGGAGUCCUCGAAAUUCGCACAGGCUGGAAUGGUGCGGGAGAUGCGGGGCAGCGAUCUCACCGUGGCAUUCCUGCAGCAGCACGGCUUCAACAUACCUCUGCUGUUCCGGGACAAGGCCGGACUGGGCUUGCGGAUGCCUGAUCCGAACGAGUUCACAGUGAACGAUGUACGGCUGUGUGUAGGCUCCCGGCGACUACUGGAUGUGAUGGACGUCAAUACGCAGAAAAACCUGCAGAUGACGAUGAAGGAGUGGCAGCAGUACUACGACAGUCCGCAGAAGGAUCGACUGCUCAAUGUGAUCUCGUUGGAGUUCUCGCACACACGCCUGGAUAGGUUCGUCCAGAGCCCUGAGAUCGUGCGCCAGAUCGACUGGGUGGACGUGGUAUGGCCAAAGCAGCUGAAGGACGCCCAGCGGGAGGGCACCAACCUGCUGGGCGGCAUGAUGUACCCCAAGGUGCAGAAGUAUUGCCUGAUGUCGGUGCAGAACUGCUACACGGACUUCCACAUCGACUUUGGCGGCACUUCGGUGUGGUAUCAUAUUCUGCGUGGCAGCAAGGUUUUUUGGCUGAUACCGCCCACGGAUCGCAACCUGCAACUGUACGAAAAGUGGGUUCUAUCUGGCAAACAGGCGGAUGUCUUUUUCGGCGACACCGUGGAGAAGUGUGCUCGUGUAUAUCUCACCGCCGGGAAUACCUUCUUCAUACCCACCGGAUGGAUUCAUGCAGUCUAUACCCCCACCCAGUCGCUCGUCUUUGGCGGGAAUUUCCUGCACUCGUUUGGGAUUGUUAAGCAACUGAAAACGGCCAGUGUGGAGGAUAGUACGAAGGUGCCACAAAAGUUCCGCUACCCCUUCUUCACAGAGAUGCUCUGGUACGUCCUCGCUCGCUACGUUCAUACGCUUCUGGGACACUCACACCUUACCGGGGAGCCUUCGAUGAACGAGGAGGAAAUGGCAGCUCGUCCGCACACCCACCUUACGCAUCACGAGCUCUUUGGGCUUAAGGAAAUCGUAAUGUAUCUGUACGACUUGCCGCCGCAAAAGAAAAAUGUGCCCAGCUUGGUCCUGGAUCCCGUGGCACUGAUCAAGGAUGUUCGAUCGCUGGUGGAGCGGCACUGCAAGGAUCAGCAAGAUCUCGCCAUCACAGGCAUCUCCGUGCUAAAAGCCCCGUCCGGCUCGCAUCCGCCCUUUCUGCUGUAUGAUCGCACUCGUGUCAAGCAAGAGAUCAAGCAGGAGAUCGCGCGCAAGAAUGCCGAGGUGAUACGCGAGCAGCAGCAGCUGGAGGCUGGCAGGGCCAGGGAGGCCGAGUCUGAUGCAUCGCAGUCGACGGGAGCAGGAUCGGUCAUCGGCAUGGGUGCUGGCAUUGAGUACAGCAAUGGAGUGAUGAAGAAAGAGCAGCAGCUGGAAAACGGCACUGCGUCAGCAGCUGUCGCAGGCAAUGGGUCACAGCCAGAGGCCACCUUUGUCCUGCCUACGGAUACGCUUAAGUAUCGUCCGCCCAAAAAGAUGCAUCUGGCCAAUGCUGUGGCCGCUGCAGCCAGUAGCAGUAGCAAUAGUAUUGGUGGCAGCAGUGGUGGAUCCGGUGGGAAUGUUCCAGGAUUAGGCGGCGGCUCUGCUAUUGUGGGAAGUAGCCAUAGUCCAACAAACGGAGGAGGAGUGGCACCUGCAGCUGGUACAGGCAGCGGAGCCAUCAGUGUGAUUGCCACCUGCUCCAGCUUCAGUGAUGGUGGAGGGACAGCCAGCCUGGAUAACUGCCCAUCCCCAGGAGAGGGUGGGGCCAAGCUAUCACCCAAUCUAACCGGCACCGGCCAACCCCGCAGGCGUCGGACGCGCUGUAAGAACUGCGCCGCCUGCCAGCGCUCCGAUUGCGGCACCUGUCCCUUUUGCAUGGACAUGGUCAAGUUCGGUGGCCCGGGGCGGGCCAAGCAGACGUGUAUGAUGCGCCAGUGUCUGUCGCCAAUGCUGCCGGUCACGGCACAGUGCGUUUACUGCCAUCUGGAUGGUUGGCGACAAACGCCAGUGUCGCCGCAGACCAAACAGCUGGCCACCAUCGAUGGACCAUCGGCACUGAUGGAGUGCUCCGUUUGCUACGAGAUCGCGCAUCCAGAUUGUGCCUUGUCUCAGCUAGACGGCACUGAGGACGCGGCGGAUGCCAAGGGUAUUGUGAACGAGGACCUGCCCAAUAGCUGGGAGUGCCCCAGUUGCUGUCGUUCCGGAAAGAAUUACGACUAUAAGCCUCGUCAUUUCCGCGCCCGUCAAAAGUCCUCUGAGGUCCGCCGUGUCUCUAUAUCUCAUGGUCCCGGUGGAGCAGUCGGUGAAGGCGGUCACCAGGAGGGAACGCCUUUGCUACCGCCUCCGGUGGGCCAGUACAAUGACUUUGUCUUUACCAGUGAGUCAGAAAUGGAGUCAGCGGGGACAGCAGCCGGCGGUCAUAUGACGCACUGGAAGCACGGAUUGAAGCGCCACCAUCAGCUGGAGGUGAAAACGGAGCGCAAUAACAGCUGUGACACUCCAUCACCGGGAAUCUCACCGAAUGCCGUAGGCGGCGGCGAGUCCAAAGUAGGAAAGCGGCGCAAGAGCGACGAUGGCACAAGCGUGAGCAGUAGUAUGCACGAGAGCAACGAUGCCCCAUGCAACUCCUCGGUAGAUGGAGGAGGCGCUGGUGGAGGUGCCAAUGCUAAUGCAACCAACAAUCAGUGGAGUGGCAGCAGCGGGGGCGGUGGUGGUUCGCGGAAGAAAAACUCGAUACGCUCACAGCUCGCCCAGCAGAUGUUGAACUCGUCGUCUCGCGUGCUUAAAAAGCCACAGUACGUCGUGCGACCAGCAGGAGGAGGGUCCGGCUCUGCUUCAGCCAGUGGCAACGGCGGAGGAUCUGGCGGUGCAUCCGGCACUAAUGGAAUGAGCAAUGGAGGCAACCAAGGCGGAGCCAACUCCAGUGGCAAUGGAGAGCGCGCCACUAAUAACGGAGGAUUCAGCUCAAACAACGGCCUAGGAAAUCAGCAUCACAGCUCUGGCCAGAAUCUGGCACUGGAUCCUACCGUGUUGAAGAUCAUCUUCCGCUACCUGCCACAGGAAACGCUCGUCACAUGCUGCUCGGUGUGCAAGGUGUGGUCCAACGCCGCCGUCGAUCCCGAUUUGUGGAAAAAUAUGAACUGUUCGGAGCACAAGAUGUCUGCGUCACUCCUGACCGCUAUUGUUCGUCGCCAGCCAGAGCACUUGAUCUUGGACUGGACGCAGAUUGCCAAGCGACAACUGGCCUGGCUGGUAGCUCGCCUGCCUGCGCUUAAGAAUCUCUCGCUGCAGAACUGCCCCAUCCAGGCAGUGUUGGCGUUGCACACCUGCCUCUGUCCGCCGCUACAGACGUUGGAUCUGAGUUUCGUGAGGGGAUUGAAUGACGCCGCCGUAAGAGACAUUCUCUCGCCACCCAAAGAUUCGCGACCGGGACUGAGCGACUCGAAGACCCGGCUAAGGGAUCUCAAGGUGCUAAAGCUAGCGGGAACCGAUAUAUCCGAUGUUGCUGUGCGCUACAUCACCCAGAGCUUGCCACACUUGCGACAUUUGGAUCUGUCCUCUUGCCAGCGGAUCACGGAUGCAGGCGUGGCACAAAUUGGCACCUCAACCACGGCCAUUGCGCGACUCACAGAACUCAAUCUAAGCGCCUGCCGCCUGGUGUCGGAGAACGCCUUGGAGCAUCUGGCCAAGUGCGAGGGUCUCAUAUGGCUGGACCUACGCCACGUGCCUCAAGUGAGCACCCAGUCGGUUAUCCGUUUCGCAAGCAACUCCAAGCACGAUCUUUGCGUCAGGGAUAUCAAGUUGGUGGAGCGCAGGCGCCGCACCUCAACGACAAUGGCCAGGAGCUGGCACCACGACUGAGCAACUGGCAGACGAGGGCGGGUAGGCCCUUUUAAAGUUAAUGUUACGCAUUAGGACAGGAUAAUUCUUUUUAAGACCCAAUCCUCGAAUCUAAGACCCACGAUUCCACGCCCGAUUGCAAGCCAAAGAGCGUCGUCGAGCCCAUUGCAUUGCUAGAGGUUGUUCCUAAAUGCUUAGCUCAUGGUGCAACUAUAUAAGGUGAUCUCAUCGCGAGAACAGCUGUGGAGAGAAUUAUUGUCCUCAAAAAGCCUGAUGCUAGCACCUUGUAUAAUUUCACCAUAUAUUAGCUGCUGGAUUGGAUGUCCGCUUCAGUAUGUUUGUCCGCUUUUUUUUUAUAAAUUGCCGGCCAAUGACGAGUGGUGCUUGGCGGCACCGCUCAUGGUAUUGCAUUGAACUGCAUUCUGGUUUCAAAUUUUUGAUCAAUGGCCAUUCUAAAUAUUUUCAUUGUGAUUGUGCGCUAUAGUGCAUUCCAAUCAAUCCUAAUUGCAUAAAAUGUGAUGCUUCAUAUUUUUGUAAGAUUAAAAUUUCCCUUUUACAAGAAAGGACAUCUUCAAAAGUGCAAAUAAUAUUGUUAGUGGUUUCAAAUGCAAUUUUUAUUAGUAUUUCUACAAUUAUACACUUCACAUUAUACAUUCAGUUCUUUCUUACCAAAUCCUCCACUUGUUUCGAGGCAGUGCAAAGGGCUGAGCUUCGGUUUUUCCGAAGGUACAUAGAUGGUAGCAGUAGCACCGUUUUUUUCGAGGUAACGCCCAUACCCUAAACUCUCGGAUCUAGCGUAGUGAUUAAGAUUAGCAUUCCCGCGACGAUAGUAGCUACAUUUAAUCAGUGUCAUAUAUGUAAGUAAGCUGGCAGAGUUGGAGGGAGAGCCGCACUAGGUGCACACAACCCAACCACAUCCAGCUUAAGUAGAUUCAGCUCGCAGCACAGCAUCCAAGUAUCACAGACAGAAGAGCAGUGCGUUUCGGAACGAUAAGAGCCUUGGCAAUCCUUUAAAAAUUGACACAAAUUUGGCCUUAAUCUUGAUGCAAUUUAAAUUAGCAACCUUGCAGCACUUUCGCCAUACAGUUCCGACUCGCACUGCCGGAGCGCUAAUACCGCACAUACAGUCGUUAAGUCAGCCGAACCCAUCCCAUCCUACAUCCUCCGCUCCAGUAGCUGUUAAAAAAUAGUGAUAACGUGGCUAAAAUCUAUAUAUAUAAUUGAGAGUGUGUAAGAAUUAUGCAAGUAAAUGCAUAAAUAUAUAUUAAUGUUUUACAUAAUUACAACAUUGCAAAAUAUAGUAUAAUGUUUCAAGAACAA